GGAAGAUAUAUCUACCGCAACCAGCUUGGCCAGACAUAUCAUAAGUACGACGAUGUCGCAACGUAUCUCAGUCCAACAAACUUCAUUCCAAGACGGCUAUUGGUUCAAGCAACCACGGAUGUCUUCCAGAACCAGAUGAAAACAGGUGAUUGGCGCCGGACCACGAUCAAAGGAUCAGUACCUUUCGUGCUGAAGGUAGCAGAAUGGGCUCUACGGCCAUCGAAUCCGGAUGAGAAUGGGAAAACGCCAAUCUUCGGAAUCAUCUUGACCUUCCUGAGGAUUCUCCUCGUUGCGUUCCCGCUUCAGAUCAUGCUCGUGUUGCCGACUACUGCUUCCUGGGACAAUGGAGAAAUCAAGGACAACUAUACGGAUUUUCCGGGGUAUCACUGGAAAUGGCCGAAAUACGCAAUCAACCCACUCGACAUGAAGCCUGAUGAAGCCUCCUUGGAAAUGCUUACCAAGAAGAGUAUCUCAUCCAGGAAACGACUUCUUCGCCCUCGACAGUUGAUCAUUUUGAAAGAUGGCGAAUGGGCACUUGAUCCCAACCCCGCCAAAGACAUCUCCUACCUCUUCAUCAGCUACACAAAUCUCCAUUUCAACACCGACAACUCCGAAGAAGGACGACAUAUGGUCGAAAAGAUGGCCGAAUUCGCAACGCUCAAAGCUGGGAAGACGGCAUACUGGCUCGACUACAGAUGCCGCGCCCCAAAAGACCAACAAGAGCUCCUUGAUGCCGAUGUCUACCGCAUGUGCGACGUGAUCCGCGGUUCCUACCAAGUCGUCGUGAUGCUCAAAGCCAACACGCCAGAACUGAAAAUGGAAUGGGGAUCUCGUAUGUGGACAUUACCUGAAGCGCUCCUUGCCCCAGGCGACGGCGUCUACUUCUGCACUCCCACAAAUCCUAGCUCAGACGACUACUCCGUUUACUCGAUGCGCAAAGUCGAGAUGACCGGCUCAGUCUGGGAAGACCCCGACACCGAAGGUGACGAUGGUGGUCCUACCAGAUUGCUCGCAGAGCACUUCACCGGCCUCCUCACCCUCUCCCGCCUCGAAAUCCUCUCAAACAGCAUCGCCGCUCUCGGAAACCGGUUCCCCGCAAAAUACGUCCCCUACUCGAAAUCCGACAUCGCGUACGCACUCAUGGGGCUUUUGAACUACCGAAUUGAAAAGGCAGAGUCCGACACGCUGUUCCAAUCCAUCGCCCGCUUGUCACUCGCAAAUGAUUCAGACCAUUUGAUUGAGCGCAUGAUCUGUCUCUUCCCCGAUCCACACAACACGUCCGCCUCAGCCUUCCAGAAACUCGCCGAGCCAGACCUCUUCCAAACGCAUCUCUGGGAUAUCACACCAGAAUGCCAAGUCGUCGGCGUCGCAGACGAAGACAACACCGUUAUGAUCGACAACUGUCGCGCCCUCUCCAUCCGCUGGAAGAACUUCCCCCGCAUGGCAGUAGUCCGACACUACGGCUUCAAGAAACUCCUCGCUGAGCUCUUCGUCGCCUCGGGAGCAUGGUGGUUCCUAUUCGGCUUCAACCUCACCAUAACCUACGCGCCAUUCUACGCCUUCCCAUCCACACUCUCUGGCACCAAGCUCCUCCUCGCGCUGGAGAUCCUCGUCGGAGGCUUCUUCGGCGUAGGCGUGCUGCUCAGUUUCUGUGGUCCGUUUUCGGUGCGGAGAUUAUAUGGCGGCCAGGUGUUGCAGAGUAGUCCGAAUUUGAUCGGAUUUGAAGGCGUGCUCCCGUUGAAGAAGUUGGAGCCGCUCAUCUUUGGGAACAAUAACGGGAGGUUGACGUAUUCUCCCUCGUCCACGCCGUUCAGCUAUCACUACCGCGACUCGCGCGAGCGCGUCGGGCUGGAGCCUGCUUGGAUCACGAACUCCAUCUCCAACCCUGCUCUCCUCACCGAAAUUCGGGACAAGCUGCCGGAAGGACAUAAGUUAUUUACGUUGGUUGAUACGGGGAGUCUAUCGGUUUGCGUGUUCUCGGCGGAAAGACCGCCGACGGUGGCGCUGCUUGCGGGCAGAGAGGGAGGGAUGUUGAGGGCAGUGCUGUGUAGUUGGCGUUUUGGCAAUGAUUGUUUGGUUAAGGAGAGUGUGGUGCGGAUGCCGAGUGAUGUUUUCGAGGCGGCAAGUGCUAAGAGCUGGCUCAAAGUGUGCUUG